GGGCUAGCGGUGCAGUCUCGGGGCGCCGCGCCACCGCUCCACGCGCCACACCCGGCCAUGGACCUGCCCAGGAGCCUUCUGGUGGCCUGGGCGCUCAGCCUCUGGCCAGGGUUCACGGACGCCUUCAACAUGGACACCAGGAAUCCUCGGAUCAUCUCUGGCCCCAAGGCCGCUUUCUUUGGCUACACGGUGCAGCAGCAAGAUGUCAGUGGCAAGAAGUGGCUAGUUGUGGGCGCCCCUCUCGAAACCAACGGCCACCAGAAGACAGGAGACGUGUACAAGUGUCCAGUGACCCAUGGCAACUGCACCAAGCUCAACCUGGGAAGAGUCACCUUAUCCAACGUGUCGGAGAGGAAGGACAACAUGCGCCUCGGGCUGAGCCUCGCCACCAACCCCAAGGACAACAGCUUCCUGGCCUGCAGCCCCCUGUGGUCUCACGAGUGCGGGAGUUCCUACUACACCACCGGCAUGUGCUCCAGAGUCAACUCCAACUUCAGGUUCUCGAAGACCGUGGCGCCGGCUCUCCAAAGGUGUCAGACCUACAUGGACAUCAUCAUUGUCCUGGAUGGUUCCAACAGCAUCUACCCGUGGGUGGAGGUCCAGCACUUUCUUAUCAACAUCCUGAAGAAGUUUUACAUCGGCCCAGGGCAGAUCCAGGUCGGAGUCGUUCAGUAUGGAGAAGAUGCGGUCCAUGAGUUUCACCUCAAUGACUACAGGUCUGUAAAAGACGUGGUGGAAGCUGCCAGCCACAUUGAACAGAGAGGAGGGACAGAGACCCGGACGGCAUUUGGCAUUGAAUUUGCUCGCUCGGAGGCUUUCCGGAAGGGCGGGAGGAAAGGCGCUAAGAAGGUGAUGAUUGUCAUCACGGACGGGGAGUCCCACGAUAGCCCGGACCUGGAGAAGGUGAUCCAGCACAGUGAGAAGGACAACGUGACCAGAUACGCUGUGGCCGUCCUGGGCUACUACAACCGCAGAGGCAUCAACCCAGAAACUUUCCUGAAUGAAAUCAAAUACAUUGCCAGCGACCCAGAUGACAAGCACUUCUUCAAUGUCACCGAUGAGGCGGCCCUGAAGGACAUUGUGGAUGCUCUCGGGGACAGGAUCUUCAGCCUGGAAGGUACCAACAAGAACGAAACGUCCUUUGGGCUGGAGAUGUCGCAGACCGGCUUUUCCUCACACGUGGUGGAGGACGGGAUUCUGCUCGGAGCUGUGGGAGCUUAUGACUGGAACGGGGCCGUGCUGAAGGAAACGAGCGCGGGCAAGGUGAUUCCUCACCGAGAGUCCUACCUCAAGGAGUUUCCCGAGGAGCUCAAGAACCAUGGCGCUUACCUGGGGUACACGGUGACGUCGGUCAUGUCCUCCAGGCAGGGGCGAGUGUAUGUGGCCGGAGCCCCCAGGUUCAACCACACGGGCAAAGUCAUCCUGUUCACCAUGCACAACAACCGAAGCCUCACCAUCCACCAGGCUCUGCGGGGCGAGCAGAUAGGUUCCUACUUUGGGAGUGAGAUCACCUCGGUGGACAUCGACGACGACGGGCUGACGGACAUCCUGCUGGUGGGCGCCCCCAUGUACUUCAGCGAGGGCCGCGAGCGGGGCAAGGUGUACAUGUACAGCCUCAGACAGGGCUUGCAGAACCGAUUUGUUUAUAACGGCACGCUGAAGGAUUCCCACAGCUACCAGAAUGCCCGGUUUGGGGCGUGCAUCGCCUCUGUUCGAGACCUCAACCAAGAUUCGUACAAUGACGUGGUGGUGGGGGCCCCUCUGGAGGACAGCCACGGAGGGGUCAUCUACAUCUUCCACGGCUUCCGUAACAGCAUCCUGAAGACUCCGAAGCAGAGAAUCUCAGCGUCAGAGCUGACUUCCGGCCUCCAGCACUUUGGCUGCAGCAUCCACGGGCAGCUGGACCUCAAUGAUGAUGGACUCGUGGACCUGGCAGUGGGCGCCCUUGGCCACGCGGUGAUCUUGUGGUCCCGGCCUGUGGUUCGGAUCAAUGCCAGCCUCCGCUUUGAGCCAUCCAAGAUCAACAUCUUCCACAAGGACUGCAUGCGCAAUGGCAGGGAAGCCACCUGCCUGGCCGCCUUCCUCUGCUUCGUGCCCCUCUUCCUGGCACCCUAUUUCCAAACGGCAACUGUCGGCAUCAGGUAUAAUGCCACCAUGGACGAGAGGCGCUACAUGCCGCGGGCUCACCUGGAUGAAGGUGGGGACCAGUUCACCAACAGGGCUGUCCUGCUCACCUCGGGCCAAGAGCAUUGCCAGCGGAUCAGCUUCCAUGUCCUGGACACUGCCGACUACGUGAAGCCAGUGGCCUUCUCCGUUGAGUACUCCCUGGAAGACCCCGACCACGGGCCCAUGCUGGACGACGGCUGGCCCACUACCCUCAGAGUCUCGGUGCCCUUCUGGAAUGGCUGUAAUGAGGAUGAGCACUGUGUCCCUGACCUCGUGUUGGAUGCCCGGAGUGAUCUGCCCACGGCGAUGGAGUACUGCCAGCGUGUGCUGAGGAAGUCUGCCCAGGACUGCGCCACAUACACGCGGUCCUUUGACACCACCAUUUUCAUCAUAGAGAGCACACGCCGCCGGGUGGCAGUGGAGGCCACGCUGGAGAACAGGGGCGAGAAUGCCUAUGGCACCGUCUUAAACAUCUCACAGUCGGAAAACUUGCAGUUUGCCAGCCUGAUCCAGAAGGAUGACUCUGACAGCAGCAUCGAGUGCGUGAACGAGGAGAGGAAGCUGCACAAGAAAAUCUGCAACGUCAGCUACCCCUUCUUCAAGGCCAAGGCCAAGGUGUCCUUCCGUCUAGACUUCGAGUUCAGCAAGUCCAUCUUCCUGCAUCACCUGCAGAUCCAGCUCCGCUCCAGCAGUGACAGCGACGAGCAGGACAGCACCAAGGAGGACAAUACGGCCCUCCUGCGCUUCCACCUCAAGUACGAGGCCGACGUCCUCUUCACCAGGAGCAGCAGCCUGAGCCACUACGAAGUCAAGGCCAACAGCUCCCUGGACAGAUAUGAUGGCAUGGGGCCUCCCUUCAACUGUGUUUUCAAGGUGCAGAACCUGGGCUUCUUCCCUAUCCAUGGGGUGAUGAUGAAGGUCACUGUGCCCAUCGCCACCAGGGGUGGCAAUCGCCUGUUGAUGCUGCGGGACUUCUUCACGGACCAGGUGAACACCUCCUGUAACAUCUGGGGCAACGGCACCGAGUACCGAACGACGCCAACUGAGGAAGACUUGAGUCGCGCCCCACAGCUGAACCACAGCACCUCCGAUGUCGUCUCCAUCAACUGCAACGUGAGGUUGGCCCCAAACCAGGAAACUGCCUUCUACCUGGUGGGGAACCUGUGGUUGAGGACCCUAAAAGCACUCAAGUUCCGGUCCAUGAAGAUCACAGUAAAUGCAGCCUUGCACAGGCAGUUCCACAGCCCCUUCAUUUUCCGAGAGGAGGACCCCAGCCGUCAGAUCACAUUUGAGAUCUCCAAGCAAGAAGACUGGCAGGUCCCCAUCUGGGUCAUCGUGGGCAGCACACUGGGGGGCCUUCUGCUGCUGGCCCUACUGGUCCUGGCUCUGUGGAAGCUCGGCUUCUUUAAAAGUGCCAAGCGCAAGAGGGAACCUGGCCUGGACCCCAUCCCUAAAGAGCUGGAGUGAGGUUUCAGCGGACGCUUCAAGUUGAUGAGGGCUGGACGCCAGACCAGUCCCGGGGUGUGCAGGUCCAGGCCUGCUGUUCCCCCGAAGCUGGAGCAGAGAGGACGCCAGCUGGCUUUGCACUCAACCUCAUCUCCCAAGCAAUGGCGCCCGAUCCCCUCUGGGAUGGACCUCAAGCCUGCGUUGGGAGGAGCCUCCCUAGCGGGAGGCUGGAACACCUCCAGGACAGAUCCCUAAGGGUUUAAAGGGAUCCCUCCACGGCCUCCCCAGGGUCUGUGAACAAACAUCAGUCGCCCCAGCCACUAAGGUGCUAGGAAUAGCUAACCGUACCCACCUCUGAAGAGACCCGGGUGAAAGACAAACUCAGUCUGCACACUUCAUCUGAACCUCUUCUUCCAGAAGGACCCUACAACCUCGGCACACCCAAACUCUGCAAAACGCCCUCUCGCCUUUCUCAUCACGACAUUGGGCUCCCAUGUCUCAGCUAACUCCCUGAAGUUCUCCAUGCAUGAGCCUGAGCCCGAAGGCUUGGGGGUGACAGCCGCGGGCCAGGCAUGACGACAGACUGAGAUUGACAGACUGUGCCUGAUGCGCAGGUGGGGCCUGGGAUGCUGGCUGCGGGAGGGCACUUGCGUGUCACCCUGACCACCACCUGCACACUCGCCUUGCCUGUUCCAGCCUCCCCCACCCAUUCCUGGCUGCUUUUGUUCCCAGGUACCUCGUGGGGAACCUCGUAGAUGACACAGUCCCUUGGGCUCCCCAUACUCACUUGUCUUCCCCCUGCAGCCUGCCCCGGCACAAACGCAUUGGCCUUGGCUGCAGCCGAGCACAGGGCUGAGAAAGUGGGGGGAGGGAGCCCCCUUCUCCUAGCAUGUGUCCCUACGCAUACACACAAGCAUGCGCCCCUCCCUCCCACCCACCAGGGCGUGGGAGAAGAAGGGCUCCAGGGCGCCGUGGAGGGGCCUCUCUGGAGUGCGCUGUCAAAGCCCAUCAAAGGACGCUCAGCUGCCUGGGAGACGCACAGCUCGCCCGCCAGGCCACAAGACAAGUGACAUGACCAACAAUGGCACCCCAAGGACAAGGGCAUGCUGGGUGCCCAGCAGAGUAAUUUAUGCCUCAACCUUUUAUUUUGUUGUUCAGAUAGAAGUGGAAAAAAGAGAAAAAAAAAGGCACACCCAAGGCAUCGGUUCCCCUGUGCAUAGCACGACCUUUAACUGUGGAAA